AUUUCCUGUGCAGUGAGGCCUCGGGUUAAAUGUGGAGCUGUUGCUGAUGCACUGAAAAAGGGGCUGAUGCAAAUGUUACAGCGAGAUAUAAAGUUGCAGGAGAUGCCGAAACUGGUAUUGAAAGAAGCUGAUAAAACUGGAAGCGGAGGCGAUGCUGAAGCAGAAGCGAUGAUGAAACCGUUAGCAAGACUGGAGGCGCCUUCUGUUCGUAGCUAAGAUAUCUGGUCAUAUUAAUCCUCCCAAGAUCUACAUGGAAAUGAUUCCCGAGAGAGAGGACGGGGCAGCUGUGACCUCGGGUCCUCAGCCACAGAGGCCUGAGUACCCGACCUCACUCGACGUGGAUGUGUGUGCGGGUCAGAGGUCGGCGCCGGUCGGGUGGCGCGGGUGGGCGAAGGGGGUCACCUACGUUCUCCUGUGGUACGGUUCGAUCGUGAUGGGUUUCUUCUCCCUCUACUGCCCGGUGUUGCCUUUGCUGUUAGUACACAGGCCUACUUACCGCCGCGCCACGGAAGUGAUUUUUACCACGUGGGAAAGCUUCGCUGUGGCCCUCAUGGAGGUCAUAUAUGGCGUCCGAUUCUUCCUCUCUGGCGACCUGAUCCGUCCUGGCGAACGCUCGCUCAUCCUCCUCAAUCACAGGAACCGCCUGGACUGGAACUUCUUCUGGGGCGCCCUGGCACACGCCGCCUCGCCCCCCGCACACAACUGCAAGAUCGUCCUCAAGUCGGGCAUCAGGAAGUUCCCGGCGCUCGGGUGGAUCAUGCAGAUGUCUUGCUUCCUGUACAUCCGACGCCGCUGGGAGGACGACCAGAGGCUCAUGGCCAACGUCCUCGACUACUUUAAGGACAUCAAGCAUACGUUCCAGGUCCUUCUGUUUCCCGAGGGCACCAACCUGACCCCGGAAACGAAAGAGAAGAGCGAGAGUUUCGCCAAGAAGGCCGGCCUGCAGCCUUUCCAACACGUCCUCAUCCCGCGCACUACAGGAUUCACCUACCUCGUCAACAGGAUGCGCUCAGGAGAGCAGCUGGAUGCCGUCUAUGACGUAACGGUGGCAUAUCCCAAGACCCUUCCACAGACGGAGCUGGACGUCCUGAAGGGCCGCCUACCCGAGGAGGUUCACUUCCACAUAAAGAGGCACCACGCCAGCUCCCUUCCGAGCACCGACGAAGGACUGAAAGCUUGGCUGAUGGCCGCGUGGAGUGAGAAAGACGAGCUGCUCCGGACGGCGCUGGGUCAAGGCCAUUUCCCGGGGUGCGGCACAGCGACGCCCCAUCCCCCGGUCAACGCGUCCUACUUGUCCAUUCUCUUCUGGAUGCCCCUAACCAUAGGCACAGCAUACCUGAUCGCUACGUGGUGGGUGGCGAGGUGGUGGUGCCUCUUCUACUCGGUCGUCUUCGGACUCAUCUCGUGGAGGACGGACGGUCUGCAGCACAUCGAGGUGUGGAUGUACCGAAGGCAGCGCCAGCAAGUAAAAGAGGAAUAGGGAUUUUUUUUUCUAGAGACUAAUAUAUGUUAUAUUUGAGAAAUAAAGAUUUUCAUUAUCUUUG